AUGGAGCACGCAUAUGUUCGCGCCACAGAAGAGGUGCUGAGCCAUUUUCAUGUCACCGAAGCAGCCGGUCUGUCGUCUGCGCAAGUCGCGGAAUCCAGGAAACGAUAUGGAAACAACUCUCUCCCAGAAGACCCUCCCACGCCCCUCUGGCAACUCGUUCUUGAACAGUUCAAAGACCAAUUAGUUCUCAUACUGUUGGGUUCGGCUGCUAUAUCUUUCAUCCUGGCCCUGUUUGAAGAGUCGGACGACUGGACUGCGUUUGUCGACCCUGUGGUAAUCUUGACAAUCCUCAUCUUGAAUGCGAUCGUCGGUGUGACACAAGAAAGCAGUGCUGAAAAGGCAAUUGCAGCGUUACAAGAAUAUUCCGCAAACGAAGCGAAGGUGAUUCGGGAUGGACACGUCCAGAAGAUCAAGGCAGAGGAGCUUGUGCCAGGAGACAUUGUUACAGUCGCCAUUGGAGAUCGGAUACCGGCCGACUGUCGACUGUUGUCCAUUCAAAGCAACAGUUUCGCCGUGGACCAGGCUAUCUUGACAGGCGAGAGCGAGAGUGUGAGCAAGGAUUGCAAAGCCGUAGACGAUGUGCAGGCUGUCAAACAAGAUCAGGUCAACAUGCUCUUCUCUGGUACAACAGUGGUGACGGGACACGCUACCGCCAUCGUCGUUCUUAUUGGUAGUUCCACGGCGAUAGGCGACAUCCACGAGAGCAUUACCUCGCAAAUUUCGGAGCCAACGCCACUCAAGGAGAAGCUCAACGAUUUCGGCGACACCCUAGCCAAGGUCAUUACAGUAAUUUGCGUAUUGGUCUGGCUGAUCAACAUCCAACAUUUCAAUGAUCCCUCGCACGGUGGAAGCUGGGCAAAAGGUGCCAUCUACUACCUCAAAAUCGCCGUGUCAUUGGGCGUUGCUGCAAUCCCAGAAGGUCUCGCCGUGGUUAUCACAACAUGUCUCGCUUUGGGCACGAGAAAAAUGGCGGCUAAGAACGCCAUUGUCAGGAGUUUGCCAUCGGUCGAAACGCUGGGUAGCUGCAGUGUGAUAUGCUCCGACAAAACCGGUACUCUCACGACCAACCAGAUGAGUGUUGCGAAGAUUGUCUAUCUCAGUGAGUCUGGCGAUGACCUGGAGGAAAUUGAAGUCACAGGGACCACCUUCGCCCCGACUGGAGAUCUCAUCCGCAAUGGCAAGAAGCUCGAGAAUGCUGCAGUAAACUCAGACACCAUCAAGCAAAUGUCAGAAGUCCUGGCGCUUUGCAACGAGGCUCAUUUGUCAUACGACGCAAAAAAUGACACGUAUGCAAGCAUCGGAGAACCUACUGAGGGAGCUCUUCGCGUUCUGGUUGAGAAGAUUGGCACCGGUGAUGGGGCAAAGAACGAAACUCGAGCCAGUUUGUCGGGCGCUGAGCGAGUAGAUUUUGCCAGUAAGUACUAUGAGGAAAAGCUUCCUCUGCAGGCAAUGUAUGAGUUCUCGAGGGAUCGAAAGAGCAUGUCUGUGCUGGCUGGAACAGGCCCAGCACAAAAGCUUCUCGUCAAGGGUGCCCCCGAAUCGAUCAUUGAACGCUGCUCUCAUGUCAUCCUGGGGUCCAAUGGCAAGAAAGUACCUAUCAACAAGCGGCACCAGGCGCUCCUGGCUCAGGAACUCGUUGCCUACGGGCGGCAUGGUCUUCGCGUGCUGGCGUUGGCCAGCGUCGAAAGCGUCAGUGGAAACGCGCUCCUGCGCACAGCAAAGAGCAACAAAGCGUAUGCCGAAUUGGAGCAGAACAUGACCUUGAUCGGGCUGGUCGGUAUGCUCGAUCCGCCUCGCCCAGAAGUGGCCAAGUCCAUCAUGAAGUGCAGAGAAGCAGGGAUCCGGGUGAUUGUGAUAACUGGUGACAAUCAGAAUACCGCCGAAACGAUCUGUAAACAGAUUGGCAUCUUCCAACCAGAUGAAGAUAUCACCGGCAAGAGCUUCACUGGUCGACAAUUUGACUCUCUCACAGAAAGCGAAAAGCUCGAAGCUGCAAAGACAGCGUCUCUGUUUUCUCGUGUCGAGCCCACUCACAAGUCGAAACUUGUCGACCUCUUGCAGGAAGCUGGCGAGGUAGUGGCCAUGACGGGUGAUGGCGUGAACGACGCCCCAGCACUGAAGAAGUCUGACAUUGGAGUGGCCAUGGGUACCGGAACCGACGUUGCGAAACUGGCCGCCGACAUGGUACUUGCGGAUGACAACUUUGCCACGAUUGAAGUUGCCAUUGAAGAAGGCCGCACCAUUUACAGCAAUACCCAGCAAUUCAUCAGGUAUCUCAUCUCGUCUAAUAUUGGCGAAGUGGUCUCGAUUUUCCUGACCGCUGCCAUGGGCUUACCCGAAGCCUUGAUUCCGGUCCAGCUUCUCUGGGUGAAUUUGGUCACGGAUGGUCUUCCAGCCACGGCUCUCUCGUUCAAUCCGGCUGAUCAUGAUGUGAUGCGGCGGACUCCACGAAAGCGCGAUGAGCCCCUUGUGUCUGGGUGGCUGUUCUUCCGAUACAUGGUCGUUGGCACAUAUGUGGGCGCCGCUACAGUUUUUGGCUAUGUCUGGUGGUUCAUGUUCUACCAAUCUGGCCCUCAAAUCAGCUUUACACAACUUCGAAGCUUCCACAGAUGUUCACCAACCAAUUCAAUCUUUGAGAAUGUCGACUGCGCCAUAUUCUCACCUUCAUCGGUGUCGACGCGCACUGCUUCGACCGUUUCCUUGUCCAUCUUGGUUGUGAUCGAGAUGUUCAACGCAAUGAAUGCCCUCAGCUCUUCGGAAAGCUUGCUUCAACUUCCGCUCUGGAAGAACAUGAAGCUGAUCUACGCAAUUUGUCUCUCCAUGCUUCUACACUUUGCCAUUCUGUACACACCCAUUCUGCAGGGCGUCUUCUCCAUUGAAGCUCUGGGGUGGGAUGAGUGGGCGGCUGUGCUAUGGAUCUCGGCGCCUGUCAUCUUGAUAGACGAAGUCCUCAAGGCGGCCGAGAGGGCCCUGUAUGUGAAUUCCAAGGCGGAACGGAGGAGACGGGCCAGUAUCUCGGGUGGAAGUGGGUUGAAAGGGGAAGGGAAUGGGGUCGUGGCCAACGGCAAAAUCAAGGCGAAUUGA